GGGAAACAAGCCGAGAUCGCUGCUGCCGCCGCUUCAGCCUCUGGCCAUCAGAAGGCGCGGCGCGGAGGAGUGGCCGAGCGCCGGAUCUGACGAUCUCGGCGUGUGGCCACUCCCGGAGACUCCAAGAGGGUCUGUGUCUGUGGUGGGGUCAUCAUCGGAGUUCCAGUUGAAGAGGGAGAAGCUGGCCUUCUACGACAAAGAGUGUUCUCGGAUUGCGGAGCACGUGUACCUCGGGAGUGACACGGUGGCCAAGAACCAUGAGCUGCUGAGGCAGAACGGCAUCACUCACGUGCUCAACUGUGUUGGCUUCGUUUGCCCUGAAUAUUUCAAGCGCGAUUUUGUUUACAAGACUCUGUGGUUGCAGGACAGUCCCACAGAAGACAUCACCAGCAUCCUGUACGAUGUUUUCGAUUACUUUGAGGAGGUUAGGGAGCAAGGCGGGCGCGUGUUGGUUCACUGCUGCCAAGGGGUUUCGAGAUCGACCUCUCUGGUGAUCGCGUAUCUGAUGUGGAGGGAAGGGCAGAGCUUCGAGGAUGCGUUUCAGUACGUGAAGAAUGCGAGGGGUGUGACCAAUCCUAACAUGGGUUUUGCGUGUCAGUUAUUGCAGUGUCAGAAACGGGUACAUGCUACUCCCGCUAGUCCUAAUUCCAUUCUUCGGAUGUAUAGAAUGGCUCCUCAUUCACCUUAUGAUCCUCUUCAUUUGGUUCCUAAGAUUGUCAACCACCCCUCUGCACAGGCCCUUGAUUCUCGUGGUGCUUUCAUUGUGCAUGUUCCUUCUGCUAUUUAUGUUUGGACAGGCAACAACUGCAAUUCGGUUAUGUCUUCUAAUGCAAGAGGCGCCGCAUCUCAGGUUGUUCGCUAUGAGAGGGCUACGGCUCCUGUUCUUACCAUCCAUGAGUAUGACGAGCCACCGGAGUUUUGGAUUGCUCUUGCCUCUGCUGAUUGUGACCAGCAGGAGAAGGAGGACACAAGCUUGGAAGCUGUUCGUCCUAGGAAGCUUGAUGAAUAUGAUUUGGAUUAUGAGAUUUUCCAAAAGGCACUUGCUGGUGGGGUUGUUCCACCUUUCUCUGUGUCUAAUGCAGGCUCAGAGACCUGCCUUCCAGCCAGAGAAAGCGGUUGGGGGAGACUGCGCCGGAAACUCGCCAGCGGUUUCAUCAAAGGAUUGUUCACUUCAUCCAAAAGGAACUCUACUAAUGAAGAAGCUGCUCUUGUCAUGGAAGAUUUUGCUGUUAAUGUUGAUCCCAAUGAUUGCUCAGGCAGGGAAAAAGGUUAUGUUGAAGUGUUGGAUCAUUUUGUUCCCAUUACGGAUGUGGAUUCAUCAUUGCCAACAUCAUCAGAUUAUCUUCCUUGUUUCACGAGCAGCAGUUCCAAGUCACCAACGCUCUCGCCCUCCAGUUCUGAUUAUGCAAGUUCAUUUACAUUUUCACCUUCCUCAACAAAUUUGUCUUCUCAGCAGCCAUCACCUUCUACUUCUAGCAUGGAUUCAACCGAAACUAUUUAUGCCAAAGAUGCUUCUGUAUUGGACAGUUCCUCUCUGUUUCACAAGAAGGGUGAUGUGUUUUUGGCUGAUCAAACAUCCGGAGGGUCCACCUUCUUUUUGCCAUUGAAAGGGUCUAUACCCUCCAUUGCAGAGCGCAGAGGUAGUAAUCCACCACCUCGCAUGUUGCUACCUUCUUCAGUCACCGAGUCACCCCAUCCUCACAGGAGCAAGAUUCAUGUAAGAUCAAAGUCAUUUUCUUUGCCGGAAUUGGAUGAUAACUUGUUAAAGGAUGUUGAUUGCAAGCAAGCUGAUCCUGCUUCAUGUAAAUAAUGGCUAUCCUUGAGAUUUAAGAUUAAGUUAACUUGAUUGAUUACAAUAGUUGAGUUUGAGUUUUGUGUAGUCCAAAUGUUCUAUUUUUGGAGGUGAAUUUGCUCUGGGGUUGUUUGAAUUUGAAUGUUGCAAGGUGUAGUGUAGGAUGAGGAAUAAUAUAGCACCUGAAGGCUCAAAGUACAUAACAAUCAUCAUUAAAUUUAAGUGAAUAUUAUUGAACUC